AUGGGUUGCGGAGGCAGCAGUUGCGCGAAAGACCAGCAGAAGAAGGGGAGUAAGGCGGGACCGGGGCUGCAGGUUGCAAGCGGAAAGGUGCACUUCCAGCCCGAGCAGCUGAACAAGCUCGACGAGUACUUCAAACAACUAGCUCGCAGAGAUCGCCAAGUUUCUAGAUCCACGGCCAGUGUCGAGGCUACCGUCGAGCGUCUCGUCCAGCGACUCGUAGUUGGAGUGGGCAACCUGGACAGUAGGUUUCGAGCCACCUUUCUCGUUUCGCUCAACGAGCCCCGAAGAAUAGAGCAGCUGAGAUUCGAGUACCUCCUGAGACUGGACGGAUUGUCGGAGGGCGGGCUGAGCUUGAGCGUCGAGGAGGACAGCGCCCUGUCGGGGUACGCGCGCCUCAGCCUCAGGACUGGCGACACCGGCCCCUGGACGGACUUCCUCGGCCCGGACGGCCGGCUCAGACGCGACCUCGUCAAGGCCAAACUCGCGGCCCUCCUCGCCACCGCCACGAGACGGCCUCAGCGUGCGACCGAUGACGGGCAGCUCUGCGCGACCCCCGGCCAGGUCGUCGACGCCGAGGUGCUGGACAAGAUACUCAAGCAGCCCGAGCACUGUCGAGUCUUCUACGGCCCGGCCGAGGUGGGGCCGGAGAUCGGGGAGCCCAGGAUCGCCAUAGUGGAGGACGAGAGCGGGAUAGUGCUGAAAGUAGGGCUGGAGGGCUCGCUGCAGUCGCGGGACGUGGAGGUAAGGCUGCUCGUCGGGGCCUCCGUUAACUCGUGGCCGGCUCGCGCCGAUUACCCGAGGCGAAUACCCCUCCACCACUCGGACGCCCUUCUUCACUACUCGGCUGCCCAAACCGGCAUGUACGUGGUGGCUUCGGCUCCGCGGCAGGGCUACCGGUGCGAGGAGCGGGCCACUUUGUGGAGAAUCCGGCUUUUAGCUGCGGAGGUGGCUAUGCGCCAGCACUACUGCGACGAGAGCGUACCGGCGAUCGUGGAGGGGGCCCUCAUGCACGUGAUCGAUCAGCUACGGGCCAGACUGCCGGCCGAUUUUUCCGUUAAACGUAAGGGCUCGUUGAGGCUGGUCUCCAGGCACAUCGCCAGGUCGAUACACUGGUGGCGGCUCGAGGACCCCCUGGCCGACUGGUCGUCCGACGGGGGCGUCUCCCAGCACGUCAUCUCGUGCCUCGACGACCUACUAAAGGCCCUCAAGUGUCAAAACUUACGGUGCUACUUCCAGCCGGGCUGCAACCUCAUGAUCCAGUCGACCCGAGGAGGACUGGUCCAGAGCGAGGAGGCUUACGCCGCGGAGGCCCGCCAACUCGAGGCCUACCUGGUGGCCCUGCACGCGUACUCGGUCGAGUGGCUCCCGGAGCAGGCCACCUCGAGCAGUAGCGCCGAGCUUUUGGAACGCGAACUGAUGAACCGCUGGCGUCAGGUGAUGGCGACGAUGUCGCCGAGAAGCCCCCCCGAUGAGUACAACACCCGUCAGCUUCAGUACCUCGGACUACUCGUUGGGGAGGUCCUCCGCGCCAAGGACUCGCUUCUACGGAACAACAACAGCGCAUCGGAGGCGUGGAGCUCGUUGGUGUGGUCGGGGGCCGGCUCGGCGCCGUACAGCGAGUCAACGGAGAACCUGGUGUACCUGGUGUGCCUGGCGCUGAGACAAGCCAAGGGCCAUCGGGUGACGGGCCGGAAGCCCAGACGGAGGAGGACCAAGCGAGGCGGCGGGUCGUCCAGGGCGGAGCGGAAGACGAGCUGCGCCAGGGCGUUCUUCGACCGGUCGGUCGACCUGCUGGUCGACAUCGUGAGGCGGGACCGGGAGACCGCCUNUUGCGUGUCAGAGAAAUUUAGGCAACAGCUUUGUAAAGAAAAAAAAAUUCAAGGUACGCCAAGGCACAUCGAGCUGAGGGACGCGAGUCCUUUGACGCACGUCGCCAAGAUGGCAAGGCGAAGAGGCCGACAAAGGGGCCCCGGUGGCUUGAUCCCGGCUCUGGUGACUCUUAACAAGUUUCGGGUACUGCAAGAAGCGGCGCAAGCGUUGCCACCGAAGGAGCGCACGUCGAUGCUCGAGCUGGUACAGCAGGCCCAAAGGGACGCGGCUCGACGACGGAGGCGGGCCAUCAGCUGCCCGGACCAGCUCAACAACAAGAGCCCCACCACCAGCGAGCCCCGACAACUCUACACUCCCAAGUCCGAGUCGGCGUUGCACGAGGAGCCGGCAGCAGCGGUUACGAGGGAUCCCUCCCCGGGAGUGGAGCAGCGCGUCGUACUGGAGCGCGAGUUGCAGCUGCGCCGCGAGAUCCUCGAGAUCCACGACACCCUGAGCCGGGGUCUGAGGAGCAGGAGCCACCUGCCCUCGUGGGACGCGUUGUCGCUGGCGUCGUCGAGCUUGCCGUCCACGGGGUCAGUCGGGCGCGCUCGAGUCAGGAGGCGCCGCACCCCCGUCUGGACGGACAGCGCUCGAGCGUCAGCUGCAACAGCACCUUCUCGAGACUGAGGCCUGGGAGCAAUGCGCGGGGGACUCCCGAGGGGCACCC